AUGAGCCACCAACGCUAUGCCUCCCACGAUCCUGUAAAGGAACCUCACUCAAUCUCCUUGAAGGUCCUACGGCUCUCCCGACCGUCCCUAGUCGCCCAGCAUCCCAUAACUCCAAGCGCAUCACCAUCAGCAAUACCUCGUCAGCCUCCAAUACCGGCCUCUCUCGCCUACAGCACGACGCACGACACCAACCCCUCGCCCUUCCUCCUCAGCCCCAUCCUCAACCUCCCACCAAGCUUCGGGUCCGCCUACGUAGGCGAGACAUUCAGCUGCACACUAUGCGCCAACCACGAGGCGCCGCCCGCCACUGAGCCAGCGCCCCCACAACUCAGCGAAGAUGGCUCAACGCCCGCCCCAGCACCUCCACAACCACAGCGCAAGUACAUCCGCGACGUGCGCAUAGAAGCAGAGAUGAAGACGCCCAACUCGACAGCCGUCACCAAGCUCGACCUCACACCCAAGACCGGCGCCGCGAAUGACGACGACGACGGCAAGCCCGCGGGCGUGGACCUGGAGCCGGGCCGGACCCUGCAGCGGAUCGUCAACUUCGACCUCAAGGAGGAGGGCAACCACGUGCUGGGCGUGACGGUGUCGUACUACGAGGCGACCGACACGUCCGGCCGCACGCGGACGUUCCGCAAGCUGUACCAAUUCAUCUGCAAGCCGAGCCUGAUCGUGCGGACCAAGGCGUCGCCGCUGGCGCCAGCCCCGGCGGUGCCGGCGCGCAAGGCUGCGGGGCCACCUCCGACGCCGCCGCCGGAGAAUGGUGAGGGUGACGGUGCGGCACCAGCCGAGGGAGGCGGCGAGGACAAAGACCCCGCUAGUGAGGAGGGCGGCUCCGGGCGGAGGAGAAGGAGGUGGGUCCUCGAGGCGCAGCUGGAGAACUGCUCCGAGGACACCACCGAGCUGGAGCGCGUGGUCCUCCAGCUGGAACCCGGGCUGUCGUACCGCGACUGCAAUUGGGAGGCCGGCGGGUCCCCGCGGCCGGUGCUGCACCCGGGCGAGGUGGAGCAGGUGUGCUUUGUGAUCGAGGAGUCGGAGGGCGGGGCGGGCGUCGAGGAGCAGGACGGCAAGAUACUGUUUGGGAUCCUGGGCAUUGGGUGGAGGACUGAGAUGGGCCAGAGGGGUUAUCUUGCGACGAACAAGUUGGGGACCAGGCAUGUCACAUGA